CAGUAAUACCGUUGAGACCCAACCUCCUCCCAGCUGUACAUAGCUGUCCAAUCUCUCCCCAUGUGACCCCACUGCACAUUGCCUAAGAGAGAGUGAGAGAGAUUUAAUAGUAGGAUUUUGAUAGCCCAAGGGAAAACAGAUUCUAGUACUACUAUGCUUUCAUUUUGAUCCAGAUGCUGCCUGCUGCUUGCUGCAUGUUGUUGUAUGGAUUUCUUCUCUCUCAACAUGCCCCAACUGCAGGCUUUUGGGUAUAUGAUAUAUAAUAGGCUUUGCUAGAUAUUCUCAUUUUGGUUUGGGUUGCUCUUCUGCUUUCUCCUUGUAUAAUUAGCUUGCCACUUUCUUCUUGAACAUUGAUGAGGAAGCACGUUGAUUACAAACUUGGUGCUGGUGUUCAUAUAUAUAUAUAUAUAUAUAUUUUUCAUUUCGGUUGGUGCGAGUUUCGCUUUUGCCAGGGUCCAUUUUGGUCUUUGUGACAAAUAAUUAUAAUUCUAGCUCCUUUUGUGUAUUAACAUAAACAUACAUCGUAAGGCAGAAGGAGCUGCCUGCUUCGUUUGGAAAUGUUGAUUGUACUUGUCUUUCUUUCUUGAUUAUAAUUUGGUGUCAUCGGAUUGAAUUACUGAUAUAGUCGAUGGCACAACUACCUCCAAAAAUCCCAAAUUGGCCCGACAUGGUCCACCAGAGAAUGCCAGCUAGCGCCACCACCAGCAGCACCCAGCAGCAAAAUAACCCUUGCUGGGUGGACGAAUUCCUGGACUUCUCAUCGGUAAGGCGUGGGACUCACCGGCGUUCCGUCAGCGACUCCAUUGCAUUCCUGGAAGCGCCAAUGCUUGAAGAAUGUCGUGGCUCGAAUUCUAAUGCACCGCCGGGAAACGGAGGUAGCAGUAACCAGGACUUUGAUAAAUUUGAUGAUGAACAAUUCAUGUCCAUGUUCACGGAUGAUGUGCCAAAUGCCGUGGCCCCCACGGUAUCUUCCUCAAACCCUUCUUCGCCAUCCGAUCACAACAGCAUUAAUGACGAUCAGAAGCAGCAGAUGGAGAUGAUUAGGAAGGAAUCGGAGGAGGUUCAAAGCCAAUGCAAAAUGGAGUCGCAAGCCAACACAAAUGCUUCUACCGACCGAAUAAUUGAUCCCAAGAGGGUCAAGAGAAUCCUGGCUAACAGACAAUCUGCACAAAGAUCACGGGUGAGGAAGCUGCAAUACAUUUCAGAGCUUGAACGUAGCGUCACUUCAUUGCAGGCUGAAGUUUCGGUGCUGUCACCACGAGUUGCAUUUCUAGACCAUCAACGUUUGCUUCUGAAUGUCGACAAUAGUGCUCUCAAGCAAAGAAUCGCAGCACUGGCGCAAGACAAAAUAUUCAAAGAUGCUCAUCAAGAAGCAUUGAAGAGAGAAAUAGAGAGACUGAGGCAAGUGUACCAUCAGCAAAACCUAAAGAAGAUGGAAAAUGCUGCUCACUCACCAACACCAACACCACCACAAGCAGCUGAUGUUCAGGCAUCCGCUGAGAAAGAGAAACUUGUCAAUGUUUGAGUUUGAGUUCUCAGCCACAGAAAUCCUCGAUUGAAAUUCUGUCAAGAAUGGCCAAAACCAAUGAUAAAAUCUCCUUGUCUAGAAUCCAUCUAUAUGUAUAUAAAUCAAGCUGCCUGAUUUAUAUAUAUAUAUAUAUAUAUAUAUAUAUAUAUUUGUCUUUGGUCACAUACCUUUUAAUUGUGAUGAUCAAUCUCAUUGUGAUUUUGGUGGGUUUUGGCAGAAUCUUAGAAUUAGGAAAAAUUGAAAAGUUUUGGCGUAUUAAGUUUUGGAGUAUGGUACCUAAUAAUUAGUGAAUCUUGAUUUGGAAUGACAAAAGAAGGGUUUGCUGCGGUGGCCACUAAUGCUAAACGCUGUGCCUGUGCAUUCACGUGAUGUGUUAACUCCACUCAGGCUCGGGGGCUCCACCACGGAUUACAUGAUUGGUUUGCAGGAAAGCAAGCCAUCCAUAUCUGUGGCUUCAAAGCCUUAAAAGAAAUUCAGGUUUGUCUUUGCUUUAGCCGAUGAAGAUCCAAGAGGUAGCCUAGGGGUGUGGUUUUGAUUCUUUUAGUUGCAGCAGUAGUCUUAUUUUGUCAGCUUUGAGCGUUUAGUUUAGUCUUUAUUUAUUAGGAGUGACUUUUAUCUAUUAUUUUACAACGUUUAUUCUUUUUAUAAGUCGUGUUGGAAGGCAAAGGAUAGUGGUUUUGUUUUGGGAUGUAUGAAAGAAGGGCUGUCACUCAUCAGGGAAGUAUUUACCACUUUGAUGUGCUUUUUCAAUGGUGUUUUUUUUUCCUAAUAAUGUAUUCUUCUGAAAAUUAUUUCACACAAGAGAAACAAGAAAAUGUAACAAUCCAUUUGGAAUUGUAAAUAGUGAAUUUUUUUAAAGUCAA